UAACCAUGAAUCUUAAAAAGAGAGAGAAAAAAUAAAUCUAACCGUCUUCGUCAAAUUGUCUCUCUCUCUCUCUAUCUACCUACCGACCCACCCAACCUUCCUUUUCUCUCUCCUCCCCAACCACCUCUCUCUCUCAACGUAUGUACAUACAUAUCCUGCACAAGUAUCUGUAAUGUAUAUUGGGGGUUAGGGUUUUACCGAGAGUUCCAUGGAAGCUUCGGCCACGCACUCAACAACCUCAGGAGGACGAUCCAAUUUCCGAUACUGGUACUGUAAUUGCUUCAGACGCUGUUGUCACUGUUUCUGUUGCUGUUGCUAUUGCUGUUCUGAACCUUGAAUUUCAAUUCAGCUAGGGUUAGGGUUUGGGUUUUGAUUGAUUGGUAGUUAUGGAUUUGACACACUCGCAAUCGAAUCUGUCUCUAGGGUUUCACUCUCACACUUUUACGCCUACUUCUCGCCGUUCUCAAAUCGUCGACGACUUGAUCUCCUUCCAGAUCGACUCGGGUUUCUGCGGCCCCUCUCAUCAUGUGCCGUCGAUUCCGCUGCAGUUGAUGGAUCAGCAUCAAAAGCAUGAGAACGAGAUUGAGGAGGGAGAGAGUGGGGAUGAUGAGGAGUUUCGAAUUCUGGGGCAUUCGAUGUUUCUGAAGAGGAGGAGGGAUGGAGAAUCGGUGGCAUCGUGUUCUUCGUCUUCGAAACGGGUUUCGAUCGAGCGGUUCGAGCCUCAAGGUCUCGAAUCGCGACGGAGUGCAGUGCGGGCUUGGGAUAAUCAGCCGCUCUGCGUUGCAGACCCGGAUGUUUUUUGGAUUAUAGAGAAGGAAAAGC